UUACAGAGGAAUGACUCUUAUCAUUCGUAGGGGAGUUUGAGUGACUCAUGCGCCAGCAUAUAUAUCGUAGACUUUAGCCACCCCCAAAUCGACACCAGCACUACUAGAAUCCAUCUUCCCAUCCUCGUUGCAACAUUGAAGAGUUCCUGUACCCACUGGACUUAUAUCACCUUCAUAAGAGUAGUCUACAGCAAUGGGAAGGACUCUGACUUAUCCCAAGAAACCGUCGAACACGGUCAAUCGAUACAAGCAUCGUGCGACUUAUGACCUCGGAGCAAUCCAUUCCAUCAUCAACUCGACCCAGGUGCUUCAUGUAUCCUUCAGCCCCGGGCCCUCCGAGCCCUUCCCCGCAAUCCUGCCAAUGAUAGGGCAGAUGGGCUCCUUCGACUACCCUUCCGCCAGCAUCGACGAGCCUCUAGACUGCUAUCUUCACGGCUAUGUCAGUUCCCGGAUCAUGAAUCUUGCUCGCGACUCCGAGGGAGAGGGGCUGCCCAUCUGCAUAGCGGCAAGUAAAGUCGACGGGCUGAUCCUGUCGCUGACGCCCAACUCCCACAGCUAUAACUACCGUUCCGCCGUCAUCCAGGGCUAUGCGCAGCUGGUCACGGAUGAAGCGGAGAAGCUGUACGCGAUGGAACUCAUUACGAACUCCGUGCUCCGGAACCGCUGGGUCAACACGCGUGUGCCACCCGACCGCGCAGAGAUGUCGUCCACCGUUAUCCUCAGGGUCAAGGUCGUCAGCGGCAGCGGCAAGAUCCGAGAUGGCGGGGUCUCCGACGAGAAGAAGGACACAGACAACGAGGAGCUCACCGACCGGGUCUGGACGGGCGUGGUCCCUGUAUGGGAGACGUUCGGAGAUCCUGUUCCGAGCUCACAGAACAAAGUUGCCGGGAUUCCGGACCAUAUCAGCUCGUUUGUGGCGGCGAAGAAUGCGGAAAAUCGUGAGUAUGCGGAGAAGGCUAUCGGGAUCGAGCUGCGGAAAGAGGAGCAGCAUUGAUGAGUCUUGGAUCAAAGCACAUCACCUUUCUUUGUUAGCAUCUGAUAAUAUUUAUACUAAUUCGUGGUAUCGACAUAUCCCUUUAAAUACUAGUUGCGAGCUGUUCACCUGUAUUGUAGACCAAGAGUGUGAGCGCGAGAUUGCCCGCCACCAUUGUGCGGGGUAUGGUGAGGGGAAAUAUCUCAGUGUCGCAUCAUGUACUGUACAACUCAGCCAGGGUAUUGAAA